AUGGAAUCUCCAGACGCCUCCAGGAGCAACGGAGCCAGUCCAGAAGCCAGGGACGCCCGCAGCCCACCAGGCACCAACGGGGGCUUGGAGAACGGGGCCAAGCCUGAGGCCAAGGAGGCCAAGGCCACCAAUGGGCAUGGCGGGGAGGUGGCUGAGGGCAAGAAUCUGGGCAGCGCCCUGAAGUCGGGGGAAGGGAAGGGCUCUCUGUUCUCCGGGAACGAGUGGCGGAGACCCAUCAUCCAGUUUGUGGAGUCUGUGGAUGACAAGGGCUCCAACUACUUCAGCAUGGACUCUGCGGAAGGAAAGAGGUCCCCCUACGCGGGGCUGCAGCUGGGGGCCGCCAAGAAGCCGCCAGUCACCUUUGCAGACAAGGGCGAGCUGCGCAAGUCCAUCUUCUCGGAGCCCCGGAAGCCCACCGUGUCCAUUAUGGAACCGGGGGAUGUGAGGCGCAACAGCUACCCCCGGACCGACAGUGGUGCCGGACUCCUGCGCGCCAAGGCGGCCUCUGAGGAGGUGCUGUGCGAUUCCUGCAUCGGCAAUAAGCAGAAGGCCGUCAAGUCGUGCCUGGUGUGCCAGGCCUCCUUCUGCGAGCUGCACCUCAAGCCCCAUCUGGAGAGCGCCGCCUUCCGCGACCACCAGCUGCUCGAGCCCAUCCGAGACUUCGAGGCCCGCAAGUGCCCACUGCACGGCAAGACCAUGGAGCUCUUCUGCCAGACGGACCAGACGUGCAUCUGCUACCUGUGCAUGUUCCAGGAGCACAAGAACCACAGCACCGUGACAGUGGAGGAGGCCAAGGCUGAGAAGGAGACGGAGUUAUCACUGCAGAAGGAGCAGCUGCAGCUCAAGAUCAUUGAGAUUGAGGAUGAAGCGGAGAAGUGGCAGAAGGAGAAGGACCGCAUCAAGAGCUUCACCACCAAUGAGAAGGCCAUCCUGGAGCAGAACUUCCGGGACCUGGUGCGGGACCUGGAGAAGCAGAAAGAAGAAGUGAGGGCUGCCCUGGAGCAGCGGGAGCAGGAUGCUGUGGAUCAAGUGAAGGUGAUCGUGGAUGCCCUGGACGAAAGGGCAAAGAUACUACACGAAGACAAGCAGACCCGAGAGCAGCUGCACAGCAUCAGUGACUCGGUGCUGUUUCUCCAGGAAUUUGGUGCACUGAUGAGCAAUUACUCCCUCCCUCCACCCCUGCCCACCUACCAUGUUCUGCUGGAGGGGGAGGGCUUGGGGCAGUCACUGGGCAACUUCAAGGAUGACCUAUUGAACGUGUGCAUGCGUCACGUUGAGAAGAUGUGCAAAGCCGAUCUGAGCCGCAACUUCAUCGAGAGGAACCACAUGGAAAACGGUGGUGACCAUCGUUAUAUGAACAACUACACAAACAGCUAUGGGACUGAGUGGAGCGCCCCGGACACCAUGAAGAGAUACUCCAUGUACCUCACGCCCAAGGGUGGAGCCCGGACAUCAUACCAGCCGUCGUCCCCCAACCGUCUCUCCAAGGAGACCAAUCUGAAGAACUUCAACAAUCUCUAUGGCACCAAAGGUAACUACACCUCCCGGGUCUGGGAGUACUCCUCCACCAUCCAGAACUCGGACGACAUGCCCACGAUCCAGGGCAGCUCCUCCUUCUCCCUGAAAGGCUACCCCUCCCUCAUGCGGAGCCAGAGCCCCAAGGCCCAGCCUCAGACGUGGAAAUCUGGCAAACAGACUCUGCUGUCUCACUACCGGCCAUUCUAUGUCAACAAAGGCAACGGGAUGGGGUCCAACGAGGCCCCCUGAG